UCAUUGGGUCCAUACGACCUUUAUAAGAAAAAGUUUGGGUGCGAAUGAACAUCAUCUCUCUCACCUUCGGAGCUUGUGCAUGUGCCUUCUGCAUAUGCUCUAGCUCGUCUCUCACACCACACCCUUCACAUUCAUUUCAGCAGCUCUCUGAACUACCUUGCACUUAGAUUUAUCGACCGCGUUUGGAUUCUAACUUCAUUCGUAGGAAAAGAGGUUUCAGGUAUCAUGGCUUCAGGAAGAACAGCUUUGGUGGCAUCCGUGCUACUGAGCUGCAUCGUCGUUUCGUCUGCCUUCAACAUCACCACCAUGCUGAAUCAGUUUCCCAGCUUUAGCCAGAUGAACCAGCUCUUGUCUUCGUCCGGAGUCGCCAACGACAUCAACGCUCGCAAGUCCAUCACUGUCUUGGUUGUUUCCAACGAUGUACUCAAUGCAUUCACCGCCAGCAACCCCAACGUCGACACUGUCAAGAUGGCCGACUUAUUGCGUUACCAUGUCCUCCUGCAAUUCUUGGGAAUGGACGAGCUCAAAGCACUGCCCACUUCCAAUUACACCUCCGUCACCACUCUCUACCAGACCACUGGCAGAGCCAACAACAACGACGGAUUCCUCAACAUCUACAACCUGCCAUCCGGCUUUCUCAUCGGGCCCUCGGUCGCGGGCUCCAGCUCCAACGCCACGGUCGCAGCCAACAUCACCCACGAGGCUUUCGAGAUUAGCGUCAUCCAAAUCAGUAGCAUCCUCACCCCGGUCGGAUUCAACAGCGCCACCGGAGAUCUGAUCCAGGUUCUCACGAAGUUCAACGUCUACACCAUGUUCAUCAGCCUGCUCAAGGAAUCAGCAGUCGACAGCAUCUUCGCAGGCAGGCAGACCGGUGGAGGAAUCACCGUGUUCGCCCCCACGGACUCGGCCUUCAACAGCCUCGCCUCCGGAUCCAUCCAAGGCCUCAGCGUCUCGGACCUGAAGCUGCUGAUGCAGUACCACGCUCUGACCUCGUACCAGCCCCUGAGCGUUCUGCAGAACAUGGUGAACUCGCCCGUGUCCACCAUCGCCUCCACCAUCGCCUCCGGCUACCUUCUGAACGUGAGCUCCGCCGCCAAGACUGUAACUCUGCACACGGGAGUGAGCGUCGCCACCAUCCAGGAGACUCUGUACGACGCCACGCCCACCACCAUGUUCGGCAUCGACCAAGUUCUCUUGCCCUCGGAGCUCUUCAGCAAAGCCGCCCUGGUCCCUUCUCCUGCUGAGGCUCCCGUCCCCGAGGCUGCCCCUGGCCCUAAGGAGGCUAAGGCUCCCGGUGCGGCUCCCGACGCUGCUCCCGGACCUGAGAAGCCAGCCGGAUCAACUGCCAGUGUGGUUUCUAUGAGCGUAGUUGUAUCCGCGGUUGCUCUCAUCGCCUCGUCGUGCCUUGCAGUUUUGUAAGAAAGUAGCAAAGUCAUACAAGUCUGAAUUCAAUCAUUCAUAGUUAACUUUCAAUUUAAACCAUUCUUUGCAUGGGAAUCUUAUCAAACUCCCCUCUGAAUAGGUUGAGGUCCUGGUCAGAGGAGUGCAAUAAUUCGGUUCUACUCGAGCGUAGUGUAUGGUAGAAUAUUUCUGAAAAUAUAUUUUCCUCAAUAGAGUUGCGGUUUCAUUUUUCAAGACCACGGGGAUCGAAGUUGUACAGCGGACUCCGCAUCUCGUUGAGCAUUGUUAAGCUGAAAAACUAGUGAACAAUUAGUCAAUAAAGAAAGAAAUAACAUCAUAUUCUAUUGCCG